AUGGUUGAGGACGCCGAUCCAAACGGCGAGUCCAUACCACAACUGGACGAGGCCGAGUUCAAGAAAAUACUGCGUCGUAUCGAUCUGCGGUUGAUUCCACUUCUCUCAGUCCUCUAUCUCCUUUCCUUUCUCGACCGAGGCAAUGUGGGAAAUGCCAAUGUUGCUGGCUUGAGCAAAGAUUUGCAUCUCACCGGAACGCAAUACAACAUCGCUUUGACAAUGUUUUUUAUUCCGUAUGGCCUCUUCGAAGUUCCUAGCAAUAUACUCCUCAAGAUUUUGAAGCCACGCGUGUGGAUCCCCAUUAUAAUGCUGUCUUGGGGGACGAUUAUGACAUUGAUGGGAAUCGUUCAGAGCUACUCUGGCCUUGUGGUAGCCAGAGUCUUUCUUGGUAUUGCAGAGGCUGGGUUUUUUCCCGCAGCUUCGUAUCUUCUGACAUGUUGGUAUCCACGUCAUGAGGUCCAGUUACGAAUGGGCUACUUUUAUGGGGCUGGUGCUCUGUCUGGUGCCUUCUCUGGUCUCCUUGCCUUUGCCAUUGAGAAAAUGGAUGGGGUUGGUGGGCUUGCAGGAUGGCGGUGGAUCUUCAUUAUCGAAGGACUGAUUACGGUAGUCGCUGCUGUAGCCACCCCUUUUCUUCUACCCAACGAUCCCAUGAGUUGCAAGUUUCUCAACGAUACAGAAAAAAAGCAUGUCGUGAAUCGCCUUCGGGAGUUCCAGCAGACGCAACGAGCUGAUGAAAGUGACCCUUUUAAAUGGGAAUACUUUUGGCAAGCCUUUACGGAUUGGAAAGUCUGGAUGUCAAUACUGGUGUAUUGGGGAAAUGCAAUGCCAAUCUAUGGGUUUAUUUACACUCUACCAGUGGUCAUUGACGAACUAGGUUACUCGGCCACCAAUGCACAACUUCUCACCAUCCCGGUGUAUAUUGCAGCGGUAAUAGCUACGGUCACCUCGGCAUAUUUUUCUGAUCGCCUCAAGACUCGAUCUCCCUUUAUCAUCAUUCCACAGCUGUUCGGCGCGCUCGGCUUGGUCAUUGUCAUGGCUAUUCCAAAGGAAAAGUAUCCGGGAGCCGUCUAUGGAGCAUUGUUUAUUGUGGCUAUUGGUUUAUAUACAACGAUUACGGGUGUUGUGUCGUGGAACGCAAAUAACUUGGCGGGAACGUGGAAGCGCAAUAUUGGACUAGGCUUACAGAUCAGCAUCGGUAACUUGGGCGGCGCAGUGGGAACUAACAUUUACCUCAGGCAGCAAGCACCCAACUAUUGGCUGGGAUUUGGCUUUUCCCUCGGUAUUCUCUUGGUUGCCAGUUCGGCUGGUAUGAUCAUGCGCAUUGCUUUGCAACGUAUCAACAAGAAGCGUGAGAGUAUGAGUCGCGAGGAGAUUCUUGAAAAAUAUACGCCGGAAGAGUUGGACCGGAUGGGCGACAAAAGUCCCCUCUUCAUCUAUACGCUUUGA